AUGGAACGUUAUGAGAGUGUCGGUACAAUGAUACAUGCACGUUACUUUAAAUGGAAUAAUAUAAGACAGCAGAGCAUCUUCCGGAAGCCUAGCUAUAUUCACGUUGCAGUUAUAUUAUUGCAAAAAGCUGGUUUCUUUCUCGCCCAUCAAUUUAUUGCAAAAAUCUCUCGAAUCAUAACUAAGAAAAUAUUCGCACUCAAUACAAGAAGAGAUGUGAAACAUCUCUUUUCAAUCGUAAUCCGUUUAACGAUUAUGGCAACAAUUAUCCUAUUGAAAAUUUCCUUAGCUUUAACUAUUCUACCCAGUCUUAUGGAGCAACGGGAGGCUAUAAGAUCAAGGCAAGAGAUGAAGGAAGAGUUAUGA